CAUCAUCAGUCGUCCCGGUGGAGCCGCCGCUCCGCCUGCUCCAGUCUCCACAGCUCCUCUCUGCCUGUGUGCCCAGUGUGAGCCGCUGCCUGAACACUUACACGCCCGGGGAGAUCUACGGAGCUCGUCGGGGGAGCGGAGGACACGUCGUGGAGGACUGAGAAGACAUGGUCGCAGACGGAGAGGAGAGGACGCCCGGCUGUCUCUACCUCCAACCAGCGAUAAAUCUACUUUGAUGCGGCCGCUUAGCUAACAAGCUAACAGGGGAUGUUUUCACAAAGUAGCCAGGUAGUUAGCCUGCUAGCUAGCUAGACCGCCGGCUAUAGGAAUUGUCUUCCCGGAUUUAGCUUUUAACUUCAAAUGCUACUUGUAUCCAGCGAUACGUUCUGUUAAACCAUUCCGAUAACGUUAGAGACGCUGUGCUGGGUGUUUGGGACUCCGGAGCCCUCUGUUUGCUAAUUCCCAGCAGGGACAAUAGUUAAUAGUCCAGGCAACAAGUCUGCUGCUGAACACCCUCAAGUUUGUGCUCAUUUUGUGUGGUGUUGUUAGUUUCCUGUGUGGCCCCGGUUAGCUGCUGUCAUCCUCUGGGUUAAAAUCAUAGACUGUUUGUCUAGGGCAAAGUAAAGGUGUCUUCACAAAAGGAAAGUAGGUGGCCACUUUAGAUGCUCAAAUUGAAAAGGGUCGGGUGUACCGGAGAACCUGUUGUCAGUUGUCGACACAACCACUGACGAGGAGACGAGGUGGAUGAACAUUACAAAUCGCCCACAUGCGUUGGAUCAGCUCCCGGACUUGUGAAAGGCAUCUGAAGCAGAAGGUGGGAGACGUGAGCGCACAGCCCUUGCAGCCCGGGGGAAGAUGGCGGAGCGUUCCCGCAAGAGGUGGUGAAAACAAAACUUGGGGACGACUUGGAUUUAUCACCGGACAUCUUAUCUCAGAUCGUAGGACACAUGCAGGCCAAAAAACGGUAUUUAAUUCUGUUCUCCGCCGGUGCGUGUCUUAUCCUGUUGUUCUGUUUUGGAGGGAUACAAGUCCCGCUGUCCAGGCGUGAUGACCGCAGCCUCGCCGGUUAUCACCCCGGGGCUCGGUGGCGUCGCUUCCCGGGGUACCUGCAGCAUUUCAGCUCCUGGGAGCAGGACUGGAGCGAUGAUCGCAAUGAGCACAUGUCUCCCAGGCAGAAGAGAGACGCCAACUCUGGCGUUUACUCUGGGAAACGCUGCAGAAUGGAGUCCUGCUUUGAUUUCUCCCUGUGUCAGAGGAAUGGCUUCAAAGUUUAUGUGCACCCCCAGCAGAAAGGGGAAAAGAUGUCGGAGAGUUAUCAGAACAUUUUGUCCUCUAUUGAAGGGUCCAGGUUCUUUACACCUGACCCGGGACAGGCAUGCCUGUUUGUCCUGAGUCUGGACACACUGGACCGGGACCAGCUUUCACCCCAGUAUCUCCACAACCUGAGAGCAAAAAUCCAGAGCCUUCCACUGUGGAAUGGGGGCAAGAAUCACAUCAUCUUCAACUUAUACUCCGGCACCUGGCCAGACUACACGGAAGACCUUGGCUUUGACAUCGGCCUUGCCAUGUUGGCUAAGGCCAGCAUCAGCACAGAGAACUUUCGGCCUUACUUUGACGUUUCCAUUCCUCUUUUCUCCAAAGACCACCCCAGGACAGGAGGGCAAAGAGGCUACCUAAAACAUAAUGCCAUUCCCCCGUACCGGAAGUACGUGCUUGUUUUUAAGGGGAAGAGGUACCUAACUGGAAUAGGUUCAGACACUAGGAACGCUUUAUAUCAUGUUCAUAACUCCGAGGAUGUGGUCCUCCUCACCACGUGUAAGCAUGGGAAGGAUUGGCAGAAGCACAAGGAUGCACGCUGUGAUAGAGACAACGCAGAAUACGACAAGUACGACUACAGAGAGAUGCUGUACAACUCCACGUUCUGCCUGGUACCUCGAGGACGACGGCUGGGUUCCUUUCGCUUCUUAGAGGCUUUGCAGGCAGCAUGUGUGCCCGUGAUGCUAAGUAACGGCUGGGAACUUCCCUUCUCCGAGAUCAUCGACUGGAAUACGGCAGCUGUGAUGGGGGAUGAAAGGCUGCUAUUACAGGUCCCCUCUACAGUGCGCUCCAUCCACCAGGAUAAGAUCCUGUCCCUGAGACAGCAGACCCAGUUCCUAUGGGAGGCUUACUUCAACUCUUUGGAGAAGAUAGUACUGACAACACUGGAGAUCAUCCAGGACCGGGUCCUGCAGCACACCUCCAGGAGCAACCUGAUGUGGAACAGCCUGCCUGGAGGUCUCUUCACCCUCCCGCAGUACUCUACACACCUGGGAGACUUCCCUUUCUAUUACGCUAAGCUGGGUAUCAAGCCAUACCCCAAGUUUACAGCGAUCAUCCAUUUGGUGACCCCACUGGUCUCCCAGUCUCAGCCAGUCAUGAAGUUGCUUGUGGCCGUGGCCAAAUCCCAGUACUGUGCUCAGGUGAUAGUUCUGUGGAAUUGUGAUAAACCUCUUCCUGCCAAGUACCGCUGGCCUGCCACCUCAGUCCCUGUCAUUGUCAUAGAAGGGGAAACCAAGGUGAUCAGCAGUCGUUUUCUGCCCUACGACACCAUCCCCACCGACGCUGUGCUCAGUCUGGAUGAGGACACGGUGCUCUCCACCACAGAGGUGGACUUUGCCUUCACAGUGUGGCAGAGUUUCCCGGACCGCAUCGUAGGUUACCCAGCCCGCAGCCACUUCUGGGACAGCAACAAGGAGCGGUGGGGCUACACCUCCAAAUGGACCAAUGACUACUCCAUGGUGUUGACUGGGGCUGCCAUCUAUCACAAAUACUAUCACCACUUGUACACCACUUACCUUCCAGUCAGUCUGAAGACCAUGGUCGACCAGAUGUCCAACUGCGAGGACAUUCUGAUGAAUUUUCUGGUGUCGUCCGUCUCUAAACUACCACCCAUCAAGGUCACUCAGAAGAAACAGUACAAGGAGACCAUGAUGGGACAGAGCUCCCGGGCGUCUCGCUGGGCUGACCCGGACCACUUUGCCCAGCGUCAGACCUGCAUGAACAAGUUUGCCAACUGGUUUGGCACCAUGCCCCUGGUCCAUUCUCAAAUGAGGCUGGACCCAGUCCUGUUCAAAGACCAGGUGUCCAUACUGCGGAAGAAGUACAGGGAUAUCGAGAGGCUAUAACGCUCCGGAGCCCUCCCGCUCACCGGACACUAGAAAGAGAGAGCGAGGGGGCGGACACAUGGAGAAAUGCAAAGCAGUUCCAUGAUUGCAUGGAAGGAUCAAUGGAGAUGCAAAUGGACUGGGUAGAAGGGGGGGAGGAAAAUAAACUCCAACACAAGAGGAGAACAGCACAUCCUUUUUGCUCCUCUGUUGUGUCUGUAAAGGUUCCUCCGUGUAUUCUACUCUCCACCUUGUCUCUUUUGUGUGUUGGUGGACAGCUGAGCUCACUGGUCCCACUAUAUUCACUAUGGCUACCAACAGCCGAAGGACACCUGAGGACUUUUAAAGUGUUUGACUAUGAACUGAAGCGGUCAAAUUCAUAGGGUUGUAAAUGACAACUUUGCAGCUUCUGUGUCCCAACGGUGGCAAACGACUCCAAACUCCAUCCCACUGACCCAGACUGUCUGUUCUGCUCUGUACACUAUGCACAGGUUCCUGAACGUUUUUGAUGAAUAUUAUUGAUGAUAAUGACUACGAAGAGGAUAACACUAUUUUGGAUUGUGUUUUACAAUUUUUUUUAUACAGUGAAUGAAUGGCCAGCACUACUCUCUGUAUUGUCUUAAUAAAAACCAAUAGCAGGGCGGGCAAAAGGAGGAAUGAAAAACCCAUCAACCAUCAAUGAUCUGAUAUUCAUAGUGCCUCGAGUUUAUGUAAUGGUGUUGGAAUGUGUCUGAGAGAAGAGCACGGUGCAGGACAAGCACCUUGACCUUGCUGCUUUCUGUUUUGUUUUUGAUUCAAUGGUUUGUGAUUUUCUUUACAAAUGAUGAAAUUAUGGAUCUUGUGGUAAAUUCUUCAGGUCAGCAUUCAUGUUUUUAUUUACUGGAGUGUAAUAAAUGUUUAUUUUUUAUUCAAUUGAACAAACUAAAUUGUCAUUAUGUGCCAUUCUAAAAUCUAUUUUUCAUUUGUAAUGGCAGAACCUUGAACCUUGAAAAUGUGCUGACUUGAAGAACAAUAUUGGAUCAUAUGCGUCGCCUCAGUCAAGGGAGGCUGAGCUUUCUCGUAGAUUUUUUUGAAACACAAACCACUCUAAAAUCCAGGGACUGGAUCGUGUAGGGCUUGUUCAGUAAGGGAUAUUUAUGUGACAUUAUUAUUCCUCUCAGACCCAAUUUCAAUUUGUCCAGUGACAAGUACUUGACACAAACUAACACUGUUUUCAUGUAGGAGCAACAAACGGCAUUUGCGGUUUCAGACCAACAGUUGGCAUCAUACUAAGUAAACAUCUUUAUUUGACCCACUUGUUUAAAAGCAAAUAUGCAGAUGGAGAAUAAUUCUUACCAAACAUUUGAGAUACUGCACCUUUGGGGAGAUCAGCUUUAUUAAGUAAGUGUUAUCAUUUGUGGUGUUUCCUUAACAUAAAUACAUGGAAUUAGAAGCCUUUCGGUAACCGUGUACUAAUGUGCAUCGCCACUUUCAAAAACCAAAAUGUAAAACCUGUAUGUUAAGAAAUAUGUUCCAUAAACGUUAAUAAUUCAUUACAUCUUUUUACAUGUUAGUCUUCUCACACAUCUCAUUCGCUGCAAAUCUUCAUUGAGGGUCAAGUGUCAGUGGCACAUGGAAUUGUUUUUUUUGCAGAUGGAUCAAUAGGCUAAUUGGAUUAAACAAAUUGAAUGUGUUAGGUUUUAUUAAUACUCAUGCUAAUUUGUUGGGGUCUUGGAUUUGUCAUAUCAGAUUAUCUGGAAAAUGUUCAUGUAAUUUGAUGAAGCUCAAAUGUGCCCUUGUAUUUUCAAAACAUUGUGCAAGUUAAAGUUCCUCUUUCCUUGAGGUGUGAAACCAACAGCGUUUCUGUGUGAAAUCAAGAAAUCUAACCACACGUGCUCUGAUUCCUCCUUCAGCAGCCUCAGCUUUGAAACAAUCAUUUUGUUGAGCUCCCCAAUCCUUCACAGACCCCCAAUAUGUGCCAUUGGAUCAUUUGUGGUUUUGUUUGUAUAAUUUUUUUUCAUCUAAUAUGAGGCAUGCCAUGCAUUCCCAUAUUUAUUUGGUUCAAUAAAGUAUUUUCUGUUUAAGAAAGUGUGUGAGGGGAAGUGGGGAGGACGGAGUGUAUGUGUGAGAGACGGAGGAAUCAGCAGAGAAUAGUGCUGCGUGGUGUUUUUCACUCCUGAGAAUGUCCAGCUAGACAGCAAAUGAACAAUCCCAGUAUUCCAGCGCUAUCAAGACAACUGAAUAUUAUCGUAAAGAAAAUCACAUUUCAGAAAUGAACUUGGUGCAAUAUUUAAGGAGACAUUUUCUUCAUCUUUUCUUCUUUUCCCUUCCCUUGUGUUUCAGAGGGCAGGGGGUUACAUAUUGAUGUGCCUUCAGAAGAAAUACACUCACGAGUUGUUUUUCCCCAUCUGCCUUGUGCAACAAACAGGUCCCCCAUUUCAUUACAGUUGUACAUCUUUUGUGUUUUUGUUUUCCUCAUGAAUAGCCAGUGACAUGCAACAGCUCCCUAAAUGGUGUUGUUUAACACUGGACGUGAUACAGACAUUCCGGCCUUUUCUGUUUGGAACAUCUUUCAACGUCUCUUUAGACUCGUACUGACACACGCACUGCCUUGUAUUAGUAUACUUGCGAGGGCACAAUAGCCGCCUCUUCCUGGUUGUCACAAGUGUAGUAAUACAUGUAAUGCACACACAGUAGAAUUCUCUCACCAACAAACACACACACACAGUAUUUAUCAGGCAGUGUUGUGUCUCAGCUGAAUUGCUGCCUGCUUCCUUUCAUUCUCUGCAGAAAUAACUUCAUAGAGAUGGAACAUGGAAAGAUAGAGGGGGGAAAAAAAUCACAAUUUUGUAAAAUAAUUUUAUAAAACAACAAAAUACAACAAAUAAAAUGUUUGAUAUAAAUUGA